AUGCAAGAAGGAGGAAUGGGAGAGAAUCCAAGGGUAGCCUUGAAGGAGUUAGGUAUUCCCGGUGCUUAUAGGUUUGAGAGUGGGAUUGCUCCGCCUACAACACCGGCGAAUGAUUUCGAGAUAAGACCGGCCAUGAUUACUUUGAUAGAAAGGAGGCAAUUUAGUGGAGCCAAGAGUGAGAGUCCGUUAAAUCACCUAAAGGAAUUUGAGAAGUAUUGCAAUACCAUCAAGGUGAACGGCAUUUCUCAAGAGUUCAUUCGGCUAAAGUUGUUUCCCUUUUCUCUCAUUGGUCGUGCCUUAGAGUGGUUGGAUAAAGAGGUUAAGCCUAAUUCGCUUAGAACAUGGGAUGAUGUUACUAGGGCAUUAAUCCAAGGAUUCAAGCAAAGGCCUAAUGAGAAUCUCUAUGAGGCAUGGGAGAGGUACAAGGAGUACCAAAGAGAAUGUCCACAUCAUGGGAUUCCUACUUAUCAAGUGAUCCAAAUUUUCUAUGGAGGCUUAAGUGCUCAAGGCAAGUCAUGCCUAGAUGGAGGAGCCGGUGGUCCUAUAAUGAAUAGGACGGAGGAAGAAGUGGUUGACAUAAUUGAGGAUGUUGUGAGAUACUAUAGAGAUUGGAAAGAAGGAGAGAGAGAGUCCACUAGCAAGAGUGGCUCAACAGUCUAUUCGGUGGAUUAUCUCAACGCAAUCAACAACUUGUCAUCCCAAAUUUCAAAUCUAGGGAAAGAGAUGACAUCAAUCAAAGAGAAUCUUGAGAGUGUGUCCACGAAUUCUUUGAGUCUUCCCUCCCAAACCAAAGGGAGAGGUACAAUCUCUAAAUCUUCUCCUUCUACUUCUAAUAACAUGCCAAGUGGUUGUGUAUUUUGUGAUUUAUGUGGUUCUUAUGAUCAUGAUUCUUCCAUGUGUUCACAAGCUUUUGUUGAUGGAUGUGAUGAUGUUGAAAAUAAUGAAUGUGAACAUGUGAACUUUGUGUCUAAUGCUAAUGGUGGUCAAAGGUUUGAAGGAUCUAAGAACUUUGGUAAUAGGAAUUCUCACCCUCAAGGAGGUGGUUUCGAUAAUUAUAAUAAUGGAGGAUAUAGGAACCAAGGAAACCAAGGUUUCUGA